CAACUCAGACCCCCAUGUCAUUACACCACCAUCUCGCCAUGUCAGAGAAUAUUCCUGUAGCCUACAAUAUACCACCAGCUUACAAAGCUCUCUACGCCCCCAUCCUUCCCACCUUCAGAGUCAGACUCGCACGUCAACUUCCUCACGAAACGAACCUCAUCAAGACAGCAAUCUUACAUGGAAUGCUCAAACCAGAAGAUGCUCCUACUCGGCUUGACUCUCUAAUAGAUGCCUUGAUGGACGAAUCUCAAGUCCCCAAAGACACGAAUGAUGAGUAUCUUCAAUACCUUCUCGGCCGUUCCAAGAAGAAGAUUGACAAGGAAAAGCAAAAAAUUGACAAGGGAAAAGGAUUACUCAGGGGAUGGGUCGAAGAGGAUCAAGGUAUUAGAGAUUCGGAUAUCUGGGAGGAUUUGCUGCAGGUAGUCAACCUGACAUUAAAAGGCGACGACUUUGGUGACAUCCUCUUUGGCGAGAUUACGCCUGAGCUCCGCGCGAAAGCUCCCUGGCUGCCCUCGAAAUCGAGUCAAAUUCUUCCGACUGCAUUAGCGCUUCCGAAGCAAUGGAAAGAUGUAGAGAAAGAUGAAGAACCUGGCAAGCGGUGGGUAGCUCAGUAUAUCUUGGGACCUUUGAAUGAGGCUCUGGAGCCUGUAUGGAAUGAUAUGGAACUGGCUCCUCCACACCCUAGGCCUCCUGUCUUACCGAUCAUAACUCAACGUCAACGGCUUUCCCUCGUGCUGCAGAACCGAUUGAACCAGUGAAACCGAUAGAAUUUAGAAUGUUGUAUUUGAAAGCUCGAGAAAUCUAUAUACAGU